ACAUGGCAACUUUUAUUCUCUUUUUGUUUGAAUUUUUCCUUGAGUUGUGUCGGUUAUUUUCGUGCCAUUCCCGUUGUAUUUUAUUAUUUUAAAGUAAAUUUCCACUCCUAAAAUCCAAUAAUACAGAUCCUUAUUUGAAUAUCAAUAUGGUGUGGUUUGAAAUCUGAUAAAUAUAAUGCUUAAACAUGAGUGACAAUAUAAAAGUUGUUGUCAAAGUUAGACCGCUAAUAUCUCGCGAAAUAGAAGACAAACUUUCUUACCAAUGGCGCGUUAAAAACAAUACGUUAUACCAACUAGAUCAGAGCGGCAGAGAGUACGGAUCCUCAUUCACAUUUGAUAAAGUGUAUGAUGAGAAAACAAGAACUAAUGAUGUUUACAAUGACAUUGCAAAGCCGAUUGUGGAGGCUGCCACAGCCGGGAUCAACGGUACCAUAUUUGCCUAUGGACAGACGUCUUCUGGCAAGACUUACACCAUGAGCGGCACUGAGCGGGCUCCUGGAAUCAUCCCUCUUGCUGUACUGAAUUUAUUUGAUAUAAUUAAGAAUAAAGAAGACCGGGACUUCUUGUUGAGAGUGUCCUACAUAGAGAUCUACAAUGAGACUAUCAAAGACCUCUUGGAUGUGGACAAUAAGGAGAAGAUCAAGAUCCACGAGACAUACCAGGGAGGGGUGAAGGUGGAUGCCACCGAGAAGGUCACAUCCAGCCCUGAAGAAGUACUGGAAGUUAUGAGACAGGGAGAGGCAAACCGACAGAUAGGCACCACCAACAUGAACGAAAAAAGCAGCAGAUCACAUUCAAUAUUUCAAAUUACCAUAGAAUCCCGCGAACACACAUCCGGCAGCGGCGAGGGCGGCUGCGUGAACGUGUCCACCCUCAAUCUCGUGGACCUGGCGGGGUCCGAGCGCGCGGGGCAGACCGGAGCCACAGGGCUGAGGUUCAAGGAGGGCACGCAUAUCAAUAAGAGUCUGUCGGCCCUCGCGCUGGUGAUUAAGCAGCUGUCUGAGGAUCCUAAUAAAUUCGCCAACUACCGGGACAGCAAGCUAACGCGCAUCCUGCAGAACUCGCUCGGGGGGAACGCCAAGACGAGCAUCAUCUGCGCCGUCACGCCCGCCGCCAUCGAGGAGACCAUCUCCACUUUACAGUUCGCGAACCGCGCCAAGGCCAUAAAGAACAAGCCGGAGGUGAACGCCGUCACCACCAACGCCACCAUGAUCCAGCGCCUCACCAAGAAGCUGUCCAAGCUGCAGUACCAGCUCGAGUCUAAGAAGAGCUUGGAGCAAGACAACAGACUACUGCAGCAAAAGAUCGAGUCCCUCCAACGCCAGAUCCUCAACGGGUUCGGCGCGGGUAUAAGCGUGGACGUAUCGCGCUCCGACCGUCGCAAGACGUGGUGCGCUCCAAGACGCGCCACCAUCGACACGCUGCCGUCUAUAGAGGAGGAUAUCGCCCCCACUGUACACCGGUUCGCUACGCCCGCGCUCAAGUAUAACCCAGCCAUGCUGUCAGACUUCCGCCCAGUACAGGCGACGAGCCAGCUGCCGCUGCCGCGAGUCUCCGAGGAAGGCCACAUCACGCCGCCGCCCAGAGAGAAGAAAUCCGUCAACUUUAGCGAUGAGAUUAUUGAACUGGAUAGCGACGACGAUGAGUCUUCGAGAGCGCAUUGCUCUCCCUAUCACAAAUGCUAUGAAUCCUCGAAGACGCCGCCCUGUGUGCUUCGUGAAAAGGCGAAGGAAGCGGAAAAGAACUUGCAAGACAUUGUAGAACUGACAGAAAGGGAAAGGAUUUAUACACCUUCUGUGGUCGAGGUCAUGGAGAAGUUAGAAGCAAACACGCUUGUGAUAGUGAAGCUACAGGAAGAAGUGAACUCUUUGAACACAAAAUGCCAGGACCGAGACACGGAAAUCAAACAUUUGAAAGACAAAAUCAUAAAAGCGGAAGAUGACAUCAAGACUGUCAAUGCACAAAAGGAAGACUUAGAAAAAAUCUAUAAAGAGGCCGAGACAAAGCUGACGGAUAUAGAGUUUAGCUUUGAAACCCUCAGACAGAAGGCGAAGUGCAGGGAGGAAGAACUGUUGUCACUCCUCGAAGAGAAAAGGAAUGAUGUACCCAAGAACAAUAAUAGUAAACAACUGAAAGCAGCAGAUAAAGAGAUAAACUUUAUGGACUUAUCCAAAGACAUAUCCUUAGUGAAUAGUGAUAAUGAAAACAGUAUUAUUAAUCCCAAUUGUGAUGAAACCUCACAUUUACAUGAAUUAGUAGGUGAACUUCAAAAUCAAUUAUCGACCAAAUCCAAUUUGGCCAUCGAACUAGAGAAUAAAAUAUGUGCCCAAGAUCGAAAAAUCAAACAAUUAGAAAGUGAAACCACUAAAAUACAGGAAAUGUUUGAUAAUAUUAAGCAGAAACUGUCUGCUGUCGAAUCUGAGAAUACUUCUCUGAAAACCACAAUCGACCAUUUAAACUCAACUAUCAAAAACCAGAAAGAUAAUUUUGAUGCUGUGAAUAAAGAUAUAGAAUCCUACACAACCUUAAUCCAAGAGCUACAAUCAAAACUAAAUAAUGUAAAUUCCGUUCCGCUUAAUCUGGAUGACCAUAUCAUUGAGAACAUGAUACUCAGUGAAGAGAAUAUAAUUGCUAAUAAUGACAACUUGAGAAAUAUUAUUCACUCACUGAAAAGUGCUAUAGAUGCUCGGGACCAAGAAAUAUCCAGCUUGAAAUCUGAAAGUAGGGGGAAUGAAUGUGAUAAUUCUGAAGGUUUAGAAAAAGAAACCCAACUUAAAGAAUUGCUUAAGGAAGUUGAAGAUCUAAAACAAAAGAUAGAUGAAGAUAGCAAGAAAAUAGUCAUUCUUACAGAAGAAAUUUGCAAUUUAACUGAGAAUAAAACGACUAUUUCUCAAGAGCUUACAGAUUUAAAGGCAGAAUAUAACAAACUAGAACAAAAAUACCAAGAUAGUCUCAAUGAAGUUAGUGAAUUCAAUAGUUAUAAACAGCAACAAUCAAAAUCACUAGAAAUUCUUCAAAAAGAAACAGCACAAAAAACUGAACAACUUGAAUGUUUGUCAGAAACAAUCAACACGCUGAAUAAUGAUUUACUCAAGAAGGACAAUCUACUUUCAAGUAUUGAACAAGAUAAAGCUCAAUUUGAAAACAACGUUUCUAAACUCCAAUUAGUUAUUGAAAAACUAUACAAUAUUUUAACAUCGUUGAACGGACAAACUAUCAGUGCAAGUGUACCCAGUGAAUUAGGAUCACUAGCCACGCAGUUGAUUGACGGUGUUAGCAGUUUAGAAGUAUGUGUAUUAGAAUUAAAUACGGCAAAAGAAUCAGCAAUAGCCAAUACUUCCGAUCUUAACAUCAAAAUGGAGGAGAAAGAAAAUAAAAUAUUGGAAUACAAAACUAAGAUUGAAUCUCUUUUAUUGGACAUCAAAAACAUUACUGAAUCGCACCAAGAACUUGAUGCACAAAACCAAAAAUUGAUUAAUGAAAAUACAAAUAUUCAGAAAAAAAUACAAGAGAAAGAAGGACAAAUCAAUGAAUUAGAAGAGUAUAAAUCAGAAAUUGAAACCCUAAAAACAAAAAAUCAGGCUUUGAGUGAAACAAUAUGUGAUAUAAGAGGGGAAUUGAGUAAUAAACAAAUUGAAAUGGAUACCCUCCAAGCAGAAUAUACUGCAAGGUUUGAAACCAUAAAACAAGAUAUUGACAUCGUUCGUGAUUCAUACGAGAAAUUAGAAGAAAAAAAUAUAGGACUGACUACUAAUAUGGAAACUUUAACAUUUGAAUUAGAAAAUAAACAAAAAGAAUGCGAAGAUUUGCAGGAAAAGGUACUUAAAUAUUCUAGUCAGUUAGAUAUGUUCAACCAAAAUCUUGCAGAAAAAGACAGUGGAUUCGUGUCAUUGCAACAAAAAGAAUCAAUGUUAGUUGCGGAAGUGGAAAGACUAAAUGCACUUUUGAACGAAAGUGAACACUCUUUUGAAUCUUUAAAAAAAGAGCUUGAAUCCCAGAACGCUUUGUACGUUAGUAACACUGAAAAAAUCCAUAAGAUCCUAGCUAAUAAAAAUAAGGAAAUAGGUGAUCAACUUUUGUUCAAUAGUGAGAUGACUCUCCAAGAAAAAUAUACAGAAAUUAUCCGACAUGCUGUUAUUGUGGCUGAAAACUAUGUCCGAAAUGAAGAAAUGCUUCGAAUAAUUCUAGAUAAAGCCACAAAACUCACUGAUUCAUUCGGUAUCGAUAGCAGCUUCAUAGAUGAAGAAGAAGAACACUUUGAAAGCUUUAAUGAUAUUCCACAUCUACUGGACAAAAUAGCCGUUCAUUUUGACGUAUUAACUCAAAAAUUAUCGGAAAGUGUCGACAUCCAAAAUAAACAACUGGAAGAUGCUUUGGCCGAAGCCAAAACUCAAAUACAAGAUCUGACGACCAAUAACCUCAAACUUACUACUGAUUUAUCUCAACUGCAAGUAAAAUCCGAGCUAGAAAUAGUCGAAAUUAAUGAGUUCAAAAAUGAAAACAGUUCUUUGAAGAAAAACCUGUACGAGUGUAAUGCUUUGUUAAAAACCCUUCAGCAAGAAGUAGCCCAAAAAGCAGGUGAAAUAAAUGAAAUGGAAAUAAAUAUGCGGAAGUUCAAAGAAGAAUUUAUAAACCUGGACAAAGAACUUAGGCAACGUAUUAUUAAAUUAGAAUCGGAAAAUUCGGAUCUAAAUAGACAAAUACUAGAAUUCAAAGAAGGAAAUGGAAUCACAGUCAAUGACUCGGUGCCAAGCUUUACAGAAUUGCAAAACAUUACUAGUUCUAUUCGCAAAUCUAUUUCAAAUGUACUAGAGGAGCCAGCUAAAAACAAACCACCAAGUUUAAUAACUUUAUGUUGUAGCCAAAUCAUAGAUGUUCUAACGUUAAACCAAAAGGAAAAUGGUUUAACGCCAAUUACUAGUUCUGAAAGUCUAAUGAAUUCUUCAAAAGAAGCACUCGUUUUUACUGACAAAGAAUUCAAGAUAGUACAAGACGAAAAUAAUAAGCUAAAGCACAAUCUAGAAGUUUUAAAACACGCUAAUCUAAGACUUAUUCAAGAACAAGAAGAGAUCCGCCGUGAAAUUAAAUUGCUUAUUGAGCCGUCAAUAAAUUUGCAAAAAAAAAUAGCUAAACACAAAACUAAUUUGUCAACACUAACAGCUACAACUUAUGCCGAAAACAAAGCUUUGCAAUCUCAAGUAAAAGUUCUCCAGCAUCACCAUACAAGAUUCCAUAAUGUGUGCCAAAAAGACAUCCCGCAGUUUAAAAAACAGCUCAUGGAACUUUAUAGUGUACUCAAAAAUGAAUCUCAAUUCAAAAGAUACUCUUUACCAGACGUCCUUGACAAAAACACCACGACUUCUACGUUCAAGAAUGAUUCGACUUUAGAUGGAGACUUGUUGAUGUUGGAUACGAACGUUACUUUAGCAACUUGUAAUGAUAAUACUCUAGUCGGCCAUGAUCAAACAUGCUUCGAAAUGACACAAAUUGAUCUAAGUACAAACAAUGUAACUGUGAUGGACAUAGAACCCAGCGUACAAAAUCAUAUUGACAUUCUUGUUCGAGAUAAUCAAAAAAUGAAUGAUAAUAUUGCUAUAUUGGAAGAAGAAAAUGAAAAACUAAAGGAAAUCAUUGAUCAAUUGAAAAUUGAAUCAGCUUAUAGUAUUCCGAAACAUGUUAAUGAAAAUUUGGUGCAGGAGUCCAAAUCAGAAAGUGAAAGUUCACAUGAAAUGAUGAGAAAAAUAGACAAAUUAGCAGAAGAAUUAUCUACAAUUAAGAAGCAGAAAGAGGAAAUCGUAGAAAAAUACAAUAAUCUUUUACUCGAAAUCCCCUCAGCCGAAACGCUUGUGCGGAAGCUUAGUACUUUAGAAAAAGAACAUAACACAAAAUUAGCUGAAAUAACUAACUUAACCAACGUGAUCAGUAAGAAAAAUCGAGAUCUUAAGCAGUUGCAAGAAGAAAACGAUACACUUUCUACACAAGUUAUGGAAAAUAUAUCUGAAGCUGACGACUUGAAAAAAGAACUUGACGUAUUGAAAGAAAAGCUAGCAGAUAAGUGCCAUCAAUUAGAACAGGAAAGUGAGGUGAAAAUAAACGCUGAAUCUUGUCCACAGUGCUUAGCUAAAGAGAAACUUUUGAAUAAACUAGUCACCGAAACAGAAACUGCAAAUACUCAAAAUGAUUCGGAUACAUCGGUAAGAUAUAAUAAGAUUUGCACGCUUCAAAAUGAGCUUCUCGCUAGUAAGGAACAAUGUAAGAAAAUUACAGAAGAAUUUGCCACCAUCAAAAACCAUUUAGAACGUAGCAACCUAUCAAUCACCCAUGACAUGGACGAUAGUAUGGGUGAAUCAAACAUAUUCACCUUCACCAAAGACUUUGAAGUUGUCAACACAUCGACAAGUAACUACGGAACAAAUAUGCCAAAAAUUCUUGAAGAAAAGUCGUCGGAUAUUUAUGCUUUAGACAAAGCGGACUGCUUAAAUUAUUACGUCGAAUUAACUGGUGCUGAAAAAGAGAAUCUUAAUCAUGACAUUAAGAUCAUAGAUGUUAUGAAAAAACUGUAUCAUGAUCUCAUAGUCAAGCAUGGAAAUGAAGUAGAUAACUUGCUAAACAAGUUAAAAGAUUACGAAGAGUUACAACAAAAUUUGCACUCACAGAUCCACCAAAUAUCCACUGAGUAUAAUGAUAAAAGAAGAGAAAUUGAGACAGUUACGAAUACAAUAUCCACGAUAAAACAUAGCAUAAGUACUAUCAAUGAUUCUCUAAAUAGCAAUUUAGAACCAGACAGUAACACUGAAUUUGUUGUAAAAUUCAAAGAAGACAUACUCAAAGUUUUAGAUGAUCAAUUCGAUCUUAAAUCUAUGAAUGUUUUUGAGACACUCAUAGAGAAUAUGGUUUCAAAACAUCAGAAUGAUCUCGACAAAAGUAUGGACCAAUAUAACGAAUUAAAAAAGCACAUGGAAAGCCUAAUGUCUGAGCUGGCUACUUUGAAUGAAAGCCUCAAAGAAAUGAAGACUCACUUGACAGUAACAGAAAAUGAUUACAACUUGCUAAAAGCACAGAAAGAAAGAGUUCACGAAAUAAGUAACGCUGUAACACUAGAUAUUAUAAAGAAGGAAAAGGAACUGAAUGAUACAAUCUCUAAAGGAUGUCAGUUGCUUCUCGAAAAUAACAUAAUGGAACACAACGACAUUGAUUUGACUGAACCUGCUAUUAAAAAUAUCACUAUUCUUUUCGAAAAACUUGUACCGCAACAUAAGGCACAAAGCAGCACCCAGACUGCAGAAUUAAACAAGGAAAUUGAGAAUCUCACCUUGGAAAUUAAAAACAGCAAAGUGUUAUUAGACGACAAAGAACUAGAACUUAAUAUGACGAAACAAAAGUAUGAAAAUGAACAUAAAAUUAACGAAAGUGUUACUCUUGAUCUGAUACACAAAGACAAGGAGCUGAAGAAGCUAGAAUCCGUUAACGAUGAACAGAAUAAGGCAUUGGAAAAGCUGAGGAACGAUCAUGACAAUAAUAUAGUCCUAAUGAAUAAUUUGAAACAAGAAAUAGAAAUAUUAAAAGAAGUCAUUGCCAAAAAAGAAAUCGCUACGAAGAAUUUAGAAAACGAGCUAUCUAGUAUUAAAUCAUCGAAAAGUCCAGUUGAUGCGUUGUCCGAAAAAGCUCAUAAUCUAGAAAUAGAAGUGAAAUCUCUAAAAGCCGCCAAUGAUAUAAUUCUUAAAGAAAAGCAUGAUUUGGAUACUAACCUUAAAACCGCAGCUGAAACUAUUCUGGUCAACAAUUUGGAGUUAGAUAACCUAAAACAGGAAGUGCAUGAACUUAAAAACUCCAUUAAAGAAAGUAAAUUUAUAUUUGACGACAUGAAAUCCGAAAUGGAUGAAAUGACAAAACGAUUGAAAGGCACAGAAGGGAAACAAAAUAUGGAAAUUAUUGACAAAUACAAGGAUUUAGAAAAGAAGUAUGAAGACAAAUGCAAAGAUUGUUCUAGACUAGAAAUGAAUAUAAAGACUCAUGAGAAAACUGUUGAGAUUCAAAGUAGUAUGGUCAAAAGGUUACAAAAACAAAAAGAAGAAGAUUGCAAGAAAAUUGAAGAGCUAUCAAAUAAAUGCACUACCUUGCUACAAGGCUAUGAUACUCUUCAAGCAACUUUGAUAUCUACUAAAGAAGAACUGACCAGUUUACAGCAAAUUAAAGAUACUUUGGAGGUUCGCAUAAGUAUACUGGAGGGCGAGCCAGAGGCAGACAAGGGCCGGGGGUCGCUGGAGAAGGGGCAGUUAGCACGGAGACGAAGGCAGAGCUUGCACGACUCACAACGGACCUUCAGUGAGGAUAGAGGCGAUGAACACACUAAGCUGGAACAGCUGUUCGCGGCGCGCGCUGCGCCAGACGAUCUGUUCAUGGAGGUGGACAGCGCGGGCAGCACGCCGGCGCGGAACAGCAGCGCGAGUAGCCGGAAACACGACAGUUUCGGCACUCGGUUAGAACACAGUGACAAGGAGGACGAGGGCCGGCCCAGCAGCGUGCUGGCGGCGCGGCGGCGGCGGCAGAGCGCGCACGACCUGCGCCGCAGCGUGCUGCCCACUCCGACAGGUUCUCCUUCUGCUAGACAACUGCUUGACGAACUGAACAGCUCACCGCAAGGGGAUCACCUCGAUGUAAAUGAAAUGUCCAAGCUGAAAUCGACUCUACAGUCCUGCCAACAAGAGCUAGAAGAGCUUAAAGAGCGCUACAAGGAGCUAGAUGAGGAAUGCGAGACGUGCGCAGAGUAUUUGCAAGAAAGAGACAAACAAUGCACACAGUUGAUGAAAGAGAAGAGGGCACUUGAGACUACAGUUAAAGAGCUGACGAAAUCUCUAGAGAAGUUUGAUCCUAACGCGACUCGCAACGCGCGGACGUACGCCAGCGUCGCGGUGAACACAGAUGAAGACUGGACAAACCUCCACUCCGUAGUGGUAGACCGCAUGUCCUUCGACGCCGAAGUAGAGAAGAACAAGCGUCUGACGCGAGCCAUCGAGGAGUUACGGCUCAAGAACCGCGAGCUGAAGGCUGCCCUAGCCUCCGCGCAGCGGGCAAUGGAUAAACGAGCCAACAGGGAUGAGGAUAGUGUUGCCAGAGACAAGAACAAGCGACUGGAGGGGUUCCGGCUCAAGAACCGCGAGCUGAAGGCCGCGGUCGCCGCCGCGCAGCGGGCAAUGGAGAAACGAGCCAAUAGGGAUGAGGAUAGUGUUGCCAGCGCCAUCGAGGAGUUACGGCUCAAGAACCGCGAGCUGAAGGCUACACUCGCCGCCGCGCAGCGGGCAAUGGAGAAACGAGCCAACAGGGACGAGGAUAGUGUUGCCAGCGAGUCAGUGAUAAACACUAGAGAGAAAAAUAAGCGACUGGAGGAGUUCCGGCUCAAGAACCGCGAGCUGAAGGCCACGCUCGCCGCCGCGCAGCGGGCAAUGGAGAAACGAGCCAAUAGGGAUGAGGAUAGCGUUGCCAGAGAGCUGGAACAAACUCGCCAGCAGCUGCGCGCCACUCGACACUCUCUUGAAGAGCUGCAGCACAAGUACCAGACACUGGACGACGAGUGCGAGACCUGCUCCGAGUACCUCAAGGAGCGCGACGAGCAGUGCCGCCGGCUGCAGGAAAAACUAGAAGAGCUGGUCUCAAGCAAACAAAAACUUGGACCGCACACCGCGCCGCGCACGGCCGGUGUAGACGUCUCCACAGAAACAUGCGAAGAUCUGCUAAGCUACCAAGUAGAACGGGAUGGGAGCUCCAAGAAGCCCGCAGAAGACGUUCAAAGACUAUCAAAAAUUGUGGAGAAGCUAUCCCGUGAGAAGAUUGCACUACAGCAGCAGCUGCAGGCCCCGGCGGCCCCGACCUACGUGGCCACGGGCAGCGCCAUCGUGCAGAACCAACAACUGACGGACAUAAUGAAAGAGAACCAGAAGCUGAAGAAAAUAAACGCUAAACUCAUCGCCAUCUGCAAGAAGCGCGGCAAGGACCAGACUGAAUCGAGAGAAAAUGUCGACUUCAAUGUACAAGGCUGAUGUGAUUUUAGCUCUAUGUUCGGUGUAGUAAUCUUCAUUAUUAGCCAUGACUAAGUAGAUCUAGGUUGUAUGUACAAAGUUAUCAAAAUGUCUGUAAAAGCUGGUCUUUAGAUCCAUUUUGACGCCACUUUGAAGGUUCAAAGUUUUAGCAUCGAGUCAGGGCGAUGUGCAAACCAGAAAGUACCGAAUUUUGUAUGAUAUAACAUAAAACCCUUGCGUUAUUAUUUUUUAUACUUCUAUAUUUCAUGAACGCACAAAUAGACGUGAUUGUUAAAGAUGCUUUCUUGUUCAAUGAAAAUUCUUUGUGCCUUCUUUUUAAAGUAUUGUUCACACAAAGACAAGUUAUACGCACACCCGAGGUGUAUAAGACUGAGUGUUUCGGAAACAUUCCUUACAAGGAUUGACUGAUAUUGUAUGUGAUUGAACGGAUUACGUCUGAGGUUGGUGCCAUUCUGGAAAAGUACUUACUACUUAGUUUAAAAAAAUUUAGCGCCGGAAGAGUUAACUUUAAAGAGACUUUCAAAAAGUGUUGUCAGGUUAUUGUUUCAAUUUAGCAGAUAUACAUAAGUACAAUUAUUGCGCAAAUUAUAAAGUAAUGUAACUAUAGACUGUAGCUUUUUUUUAGAAAAAACACUAUCCAUAAAAGUAAACGAAUUAGAUGAAUGUCUGUUAAAUUGGAAACUAACAACAUAGUUGAAUGUUAUUUGGUACAAUAUUUUAGUAUUAUUAUAAUAAUUUUAAAUAGUAAUUUCAAUAUAUUUUAUGGUGCCUAUGCAUAAUUUAAUUACUUAAUGUAGACAAUACAAUAUUAUAGAAUAGAAGCGCUUGACCAUGUAGCAAGCUGUUUAAUUAUUAUAUUUUAAUCAAUUUUGCUUCACUCUCAAUUCUUCAAUCCAAAAUUUCAUUGACAUAACAUUAAUUUACUAUACUUUUUCGUUAUUUAGAAUUUCCCCUGAUUUGAUAGAAAUUAUAAGAAUCUGUUGAGAAGUGAUAAAAAUUAUAUACGAUUGUAAAAAUAUUUAAAAUGGUACCUGUUUUGUACAUUAAAUUGAUUGCAUGUGUACAAA